CCACCGCUGGGCACCCACCUGCUGCUGCGGCCUGGGCCCUUCUCACAGCUGGUGCGGGAGCUGUGCCUGCUCUUCACCCGGGGGGUCGAUUAUCGCUGGCAGCGCCUGGCCCUGCUGGCCCUGCAGGAGGCAGCAGAGGCCUUCAUCGUGAAACUGCUGGAGGAUGCAUACCUGUGCUCGCUGCACGCCCGCAGGGUCACCCUGUUCCCCAAGGACCUGCAGCUGGUUCGGCGCCUGCGAGGGCCCGAGUGGGGGGGCAUCUGAAUGGGGACCCCCACCCUGCACCAGUACCCACCCCUCAGCACCCCCAGCCUGGGGGGGGUGAGAGCCUCACACCCCUGAUCUUACUGGGGGCUCCUAUGGGACCAUUGUGCUGAGACGCUGCCCCACCCCGUGGGGGCUCCCCACACUGGGAUCCCCCUGAGUACACCCCCAGGACCUGCCCCAGGGGAUCUUGCAGCCCAGAGCCCCCCCUCCAAGAGACGUCCCCAUGGGACGUGACACCCCAAUCCUGACACCCCAGUCUUGUUUGGUAUCCCCCGCACAGACCCCACACCCUGGGACCCCUCCACAGGACCCCCACCCCGGGAUCCCCACCAACCCUCCCAGGGUCCCAGCCCAGGGUGGGGUCCCCUUCUUGACUCUAGCACCCCUCAGAUUAUUGGAGAUCCCUGUCCAUGACCCCCCACUUUGGGAAUCCCCCCAGGUCUGCUACACCCCAAUAAAUGUUUGUGACCCUCCAA